UCCAAAGGGCAUGGACGAAGGAGACCUUGGUGAUAGUGAGGCUUUAAAGGAUUUACUUCCUCUACCUCAAGAUAUAGCUCAAGAUGAUGAAUUGAUGAAUAUGUUGAUGAAUGAUGGAGAUGAUCUGGCUAAACAGGAUGAGGCUUUAGAAGCUAUUUCAUCCAUAGAAGAAAGACCACGGUUAAAGCAUGAUACUGAUGCUACUUCUUCAACAAAUAGAGAUGAUCCUCUAGGGUCAAACAUUGACCUAUUAAGUUCACACUUCAAUUUAGAUACUAUGGUUGAAGACACAGGACUUCCUCAUAUGGAUAGUAAAGAUGUUGAAGAUAUCUUUAAGGGAGUUCUUACUCAAGAGCAGCCUGCUGUGCAAAGCUGUGUUGGAGCAAGCUCAGCAUUUGCUGUUGCUACUGCUCCCAUUAGUGUGGCUGUAAGGUCAGGAGCUCCUCAGCUUCAGCCAUCAGCAUCUCAAACUCCUGGCUAUCAAUCUGAACCUCAGCGUCCUGUACCUCAUAUACCUCCAACACACAGGCCAACAACCCCAAGCAGUGGUAUUGGGUUGAAUUCUUCUUUCAGUUUAUCAUCCCAAGCCCAAUUCUCUACUGAAUUUGGAAGCUCUCAGCUGUCUGACCCAUCUAGUCCUUGGCCAGAAGGAGAACAGCUUGAAACUCCUACACCACAAAUUGGUGCUCAUGGGCACAAAAACAUUUUGAAGUGGGAACCUGAUGAAGCCCUGGGUGAAAAAGCCACUAUAUCUCCAGUUCUUUAUGCAAACAUUAAUAUGCCACACUUGAAGAUUGAAUAUCCUAAUUGGCCUGACAGGGCAAAACAGAUUGCUAAAAUUUGGAGGAGUCUUUCAUCGGAAAAACGACAUCCAUUCUUGCAAAAAGCCAAAGAAAACAGAACCGCAAGUAGAAUGCAGAAACAGCAGGCUGAUUCUAAUCGAGGGACUCGUGAACCUAAAGGGCCAAAGGAAACUGAACAAGAGCUACAUUGGAAACAGUUUCAGACAUUACGACAACAGAAGCAACUAGUUCAAGAGCACAAAGUGCAAGCUUAUUUGAAAACUCAUCAAUUGGUAAUGGAGCAUAGCCAGGGAAGCACAGCUGAAGGAACUUCCUCUUCAGCUCCAUCAACACCAACCCCCUCUGUAGGAACUCCAACAGGGGUGACUUCACCUAUAACCCCCACAACACUAUCAUCAGGAUUUACAGAAGCUGGAACUACAUCACAUACACCUACACCUCCUGUUGCAAUUCCUAGUCACCCUGCUUUUAGCCAGUCUACUUCAGGGGGACAGCCAGUGCCAUCUCCUGUUCACAUGACUUCUCAGGUGUCAGCUUGUCAGAGCCCAUUAUCUCCUGCUCAUCCACAAAGAUCUCCAGGGCCAUCUAGAGUAGCAACUUCAAUCAGUCCAUUAAUCCAAGUGUCAAGGGUGAGACCUCCUAUAGACACCAAUCAGUUACCCCCUGGGGAUCCAUACUCACAACCACCUGGCACACCACGACCUGUUUCAGCUCCUGAUCAAUUCCUGGCUCGCCAACGACCCAGUCUCAUCUAUCGAACGCCUCUGACACAGCCAAGGCCUUUAUUCUCACCAAUGUCUCCGGGCAGUCAGCCUCGAACAGAGUCUCAAACAUCAGGUCAAGAUGUUUUUCAAGCCUCACCUGCAACACCAAGUACAGAUCCCUAUAGUCAACCACCACCCACCCCUCGUACUGUUAUGCCUCAAGAUCCAUAUACACAGCAGCCUUCCACACCACACCCUGCUGCCAGCCCAUACUCACCAUCUACUGGAUCUCGUCCUUCAUCAGCAACUCUUACUUCCAUGGACCCUUACUCCCAGGCUCCACCAACACCUCGCCCCCAGCAGUCUGUGCCUGAUCACUUACCUUCACCAAGUGGAACUUCAGCUACAAGAUAUGUUCCAGACUUGACCCGUUCUCAACCUCCAUCACACUCUUCAGCUGAUCCUUACUCUCAGCCUCCAUUAACUCCUCGACCUGUUUCUACACCACAAAUGAUGAAUGACCCUUAUGCCAAGCAGCCAGCAACGCCUCGGCCUACACAUGUUCCAGGUACCACUGCAGUUGUCUCACAUCUGCUAGGAGAACCUGGUGUUUCUCAUCCUGAGCAGACUCUUGCAGUUAGUAUUGCUGCAGGAAUGAAGGCUGAAGCCCCUCAGAUGCCAAGACAGCAGCUUAGGGACUUGCUUCAGAGACAGCAACUAAUUAAAGAGCAGAUGAUGAGAGAACAACAAGGUCAGAUACCUCUUCGACAUUGGCCUCCAGAAGUGGCUACCAGCAGAACAACUCUUGUAAGGAUAGGUACUUCACAGGUUGCAGGUGGACAGGAUAGUGUCAAAUUCCACACACAGCAAGGAAUAAAUACACCCAAAACUGUAAUUGGAGCUCCUAGAGGAAUUGGAAUGGAAGAUAGUUUUAGGCAACCUUUACCACCUGGAAUGAGACCUCGUGUUCCUACUAGUCCUGAUCAGCCAUUUAGUCAUCCAAUUUCAGGAUUAGAACAUAAACUUGGAAGUUUGAGAGGACAAGUAGACCCACGUCUACGAAUGAUUUUUCUGCAGCAACAGCUUCAACUGAGAGGUCAAACAUGGUCUCCAGGACAGAUGAGGAUGGCAGGCCCUAGUCCUCGUAUGUCUACAGGUUUUGGAGGAAAUGUUAAUGAACCCUUUGACUCACAACCUAAACAACAAACUCCACAGCCACGACAACAGAUUUUGGCUGGAGAUAUGCUAGGUAGAUUUGGUCAGCCAGCAGUGUGUACUCCACUAACCGACAUUCAGCAGCAUAGAUCAACAGCAACACUUUCAACAUUGCCUCAGGCUAGAAUAGAAGGUAUCUGUUCUCCUAUUCAACAUCCUUUCCCAGUAGCCUGCUCUGGAUUGACCCAUCCCACUGCUUCAGCUGCUCAGAGUUUGACUCGUCUUGCUGCUUCUUCAAACUGUGCUUUUAGCCAACCAGUGCCCACUGUUGGGGUAAUGUCUCAUGUUUCUCAGCAAGCUUCUUCAUUUACUGGCCAGCCAACCACUGUGCUACAGCAACAGCCAGGAAGUGUCCCAGAACAUCUUGCCAUAAGACACACUGUGACCUCUACCGCUAGCCUAAGCAAGUCUGAUCUUUCUUAUCCAGAACAGGCAUGUGUGUCUGAAACUAAAACUGAAUCUAGUUUAUUGGUAGCUUCUGAUUUAGAAGAAACUCCACGUAGGAGAACCACUGCAGAGGAUCUUGUGAAGGUAGUAGAAGAACAGUCUGUGUCUCAUGAGGCUGAAAGUGAAAUGGGAGAUGAAUUGGAUGAUGAUGAAUUGUUAGGCCUUGGGAAUGAUUUCAAUAUUUUGGAAUAUGCUGAUCCAGAACUUGUUGACAAAGGACUGCUUGGAGAUGGAGGGAAAAAUAAUAUUUUAGAUGAACAUCUUGAUCUGGAUGACAAAGAUGAGGAUCUUGAAGAGGGUAAUUCUGUUGAAAUAAAACCAAAAACUGAGACAGAAGAUAAAGUAUGUAGAAAUGGUAUAAAACAAGAAACUUGUAUUGCACCUACUGUAGGAAAUGAUAAGAAAAUUGAAAAGGAAGAGAAAAACUUUCAAGAUGGAUCAGAAGGUAGACUUGGCCCUGAUGAUUUUCAAGCUAAGUUUUUAGAAUUUAGUCAGCGUAGAGAUUUAGAGAAAGUGAAAGAUAUAAAGGAGGGGGAUUUGCUCGAAGAUGGUCAUGUGGCAUCUUCAAACAUUAAGAAGUCUGAUGAACCAGAUCCUAAAUCAGUAACUCAGGCGCCUAUUGUGUCCCAUGGUAGUCAGGAGUCUGUAACAGACAACCAACAUGUUCGGAGUGUUGUUAGAGUGGCACCAACAGAAUCUGCUGACCCUUUGCUUAUGACAUCAAGUUCAUCUGUACUACAAGCACAUCCAGUAAAUAUUGGAGUAAUACCAGCACCUCAAAGACUUUCAACUAUAAAUCAGUCAACUUCAUCUAUGCAUACUCCAAGUGGUCAAGGACCUGUAGGAAUUCCACAGCUUCCAAAUCAAGUGCGCUUAUCUCACCCUGCACGUUACAUCCCAAACUUGCCUCCUCCACCCCCAUAUCCUGACAAUGCUCACUCUGGUCAACCUCCUCCUGCUUUACCACAGCCUCAACAGAGAAUUGUAAUACAAAGGCCAGGUCACACAGUUACUGUAAUUCGCAGACCCUUGCAGCCACCUGUUCCUGUCUCUGUAACUAAUCAGAGUGACCGGCGUCAAUUGAUGCAGAACCAACCACUACUAUUAGAAGAACUGGUUGAGCAAGAAAAGCAGGAACAACGAAGACAAAGUCAAGAAGGUCUGAUGUCUCCCCCUGCUGAUGCACUUCUCAGUGAUGUUGAUUUUGAACGAUUAAAAGCUGAUGUGCUCUCAUGUCCCCCUGAUGAUACCAUUGGAGGUCCUGGUCCAUUGCUACCUACUCAGGGCUCACCUCAACCAGCAGUUGCUUCUCUGGGUAGCCCUAAACCAUCAGGAACUAUCCCCCCACAGUUUUUCCAUCAGGCAUUACCACGACCCCCAUCUCAACAACCUGUAGGUUGGCAAGGUCAUCGUCAAAUUCUUGUGUCACCUCCAGGAUCCAGACUUCCAGGGUCUCUUCAUCCAGGUCAAGUGCAUCAUUUAGGAAUAUCAAAUGUUCCUGCAGGAAUGACUUUACAGAGAGGGCCCAUGAUUCAUGGAGAACCUCAUGUCAGACAUGUUAUUUCUUCUAGACCAGCUUCACCAGGAAAUGGUGUUACUCCACGACCUCGUUUGCCAUUUGCAAUUACUUCUUUACCAGCCCCACCACUUCCUCCUGCAGAACCUUCAAAUGAACAAGAAAGACAGCAGCAAACAAAGUAUGAACAGUGGUUAUUACGGCAGCAAGAAGCAUUAAACUCUCAUCAAAAAUACUUUGAAACAGAAGUUGGUAAACUCAGGAAAGCAAAAAAGGCACUCAAUGCAAAGCAACGCACAUUACGAAAGAAUGGUCAGGAAUUAGGAGAAAGAGAUGCAGCAGAAUUGGAAAGAAUUAGCCAAGAGCAGGCUGUACUUCAGAAACAGCUGGACCAGGCUAGGAAGCAGUCCCGACAGCAUGGUCUUGUUAUUCAAGAUUACCGAGUAAAACAACAGAAGAAGAAGCAACAGCAACAACAACCCCAGAUGGUAGUGGCAACACAACGACCAGUUCGACCUCCAACUGCAUCUCAAGGUCCUCCCACACCUCAUAUGGCUGGUCCAAGCACACCUCAGUCUCCGAUGAUGUCUCCAUCACCACUAGGUACCUCUCCAUCACCAAGAUUACAGCAUUCUCCAUCACCUUUAAUGCAGCACUCUCCAGCACCAAUGCCUCCAUCCCCAAUGAUGCAACAUUCCCCUCGGAUGGUGACUUCACAGCCUGAAGGUGCUGGAAGGCCUAAUCCUGUACAUGUAACUCAAGAUGACAACAAUCCUUUCAGUGAAAGUUUCCAGCAGAGAGAGUUUCAGUCUCAACAACAACACUUCUCUCCAAGCGGUAUUCAACAGCAACAACAUAUGUCUCCUCAACAACUCCCUUCUCCUGGACCUCAGCCUCUUCCUAGAAGUUCUUUGGGGUCUCAGGUAGUUCCUCAACAACACACUUUCUCUCCUGGUUCUCAGGGUGGCCAACAGCAAUGUUUCUCUCCAGGAACCCCUAAUAUCCAACAACAACGAUUUUCUCCAGGAACUCAGGGAGUUCAGCAGCAUUUCUCCUUAGGUUCUCCAAACUCCCAACAAUCACCAUAUUCUCCAGUGUCACAACCAUUUCAACAGCAACAACAACAAUUUACAAUAGGAGUUCAAGGUAUACAACAGCCACGAUUUUUACCGCCCCAAACAUCAUCUAGCCCAGCUCCUCAACAGAGACAGCAACUUCCAACAAGUGGGGUAUCCCAACCUUCUCAACAGCAAUCACAGUUUAGUGGACCUCGAGAUAUUCCACAACAUCAAAGACCACAGCAGUUUUUUCCCCAGGCCAUGCAACUUCGACAUUUACCACCUCGAAGCCAGGCUCCUCAGCAGUUUAUCAGCCAGGAAGGAUCUCAAGGAGAUGAAGAGAAAAGACAGCAAUUACUUCAACAAGUUAAAAUUUUUAAAGAAAAUGACACUCCAUUCUCCCAGGCUCCUGGCCAAGUGGGUCCACGAUUUGCACUUAGUUCUUCCUCUGGUCAGUCUUUUACACGAUUGGUUGGCCCAUCUGUAAAUCAUAGAAUAAUAAAUAGACCAGGUGUUGCCACAGAUUUGGUUGGACAGCCCUUUCCAGCAUCAUUGCCAACCUCUGCUCAAGGAAUACGUCCUGGUCAAGUCAGUGUGCACUCUGGAAUGCGGCGGCCUCCACCUCCUUAUCCAUCUCAUGUAAAGCUCACUUCUCCAGGUCCUCUUGAUCCUUCAAGAUCUGAUUCAGUAUUAACAACACUUACUUCAUCUCCAGGUGUCUACUCUUGUACUUCUAGUAUUUCUGGAACUACUGUAACAUCAGAAUCAUCAUUAUCGUAUUCAGAAGAGUUCAAAAGAAAGCAACCAACAACCGCAAUUUUGCAUAACACAUCUGGACCAAGUGUUACAGUGUUAAGCAUCCGUAGUUCAGAAACAGAACUAGUUCGUCAUGAUGCUCAAAAGGAAGAAAUUAGUGAUAAUACAGGGUCAUCUCUCUCUUUAAAUAGUCAAACACUUAUACCAAUGGGGCAUAGUGCUGUUCAUCCAAUUCCUGUUUCACAGAAAAAAAAUUCAAGUUUUUCUGAAUCAUUCCAGGUAUCGCAAAAUAGCCAAACUCUGUAUAUGUCUCAAAAUCUUCCAACCAGUCAAAACAGUGCUAAUAAAGAGGAUACUUUACAGUAUCCAACAGAAGGAAAAGAAGAAAAGAAACAUGUCAUCAGCAGUAGUCUGGAAAGUGCAGCUUAUAUUGAGAACUCUUCCCAAGAGGGGUUUGAAACAAACUUUAUUGCCAUGAGAGGAGAUAAUGAAAGUGCUAGAAGAAAACAGGCAUCUGAGCUACUCAAAUCUCAGACUGUUACAAGAACAUUGCAUGGACGUAGCUCUACAGAAAAUAAAACAAGCUCUUUAAAGAUUGAGAAUUGGCCAUCUGUUGUACAGACUAGUGUUUUAAUAUCUAAGUCAAAUCAAGAGGUAUCUGAUGAGAAUUUUCAACCAGGACAACAACAUGGUGAUAGUUUGCAAUCUCAGAAAGAAAGCAAAGACCAACAAGUGGCUUCUAGUAGUGGAACUAAAGCCUCUCAUGUAAGAAAGAUUGUGCAAGGAUCAAGUCAAAUAGACCAAAGAGACAAGUUCUAUCAGCCAAAUGUAACACUGCCUGAAAAUCUCAUUUCAAGUGGGCAAUUCCCAAAAAGUAGCAUUUCUUCCCAGCCACUAAUUCACAAUACUGCAAAAACUUCAGAAAGUUCGCCUAGUACUUGUUCAGACGUGUGUGAUAAUGUAAUGCCCUCUGUCACUGAUUCAGAGAGAUUUGUGUUGCAACAUUCUCAGAUCAGUGGCUCUACCUCAAUAUCAGUUGAAAAUAUAUCGGUUGAUAAAUUGAGUUCUUCGGCUUUUCAGAAAAGCCAAUCAGAAAAAAGAUAUGAUAUUAUUGCAUCACCUUCCAGUGGCCAUAUGUAUGAUCACUUAGCAGAUUCCACACAGAGUAGUUCUUUCAAUUUCAAGCCUGCUGAUAAUGAAGAUAAUCCUCCAGACAAAUGUAGUUUUAACACAGAUAUAUCAAGUGAAGAGGUUUCUACUACAUUGGUACCUAAACAGGAAGAGACUAAAGGUGAUUCAGAAGUUUCCAGUUCUUCUGCCACUGUAAUCCCUACAAGUUCCAGCACAAAGGAGGAGCUAUGUGCUAGUGACAUUAAGGAAGAAACAGUGGAAGACCUAAGUGAGGGCACAUUUGAACUUCAUGUGGUAGGAUCACCAGAGGGUCGAGCUAAUGAUUCUCCAGCACCAAUGUUCCCAGCAAAGCAAGAAGGGAAGAACCAAGAGGAUGCUGAAUUGAGUUGCUGUUCUGAUUCUCAGACAGAAGGAACAGAUUUAUCAGGCUAUGCUGAUAAAAACGUAUCACAGUUAACAACAGCGUCAACAUCUGAUUUUUCUACAAGUAUGAGUUCCAUAAAAGAAACAACUGAAGCAUUUUCAGAUAAAGAAUUUGAACCACAAAAACCAUUACCACCACCUUCUACAACUGCUAAACCAGAGAUACCCUGUGCGAGUUGCAGCAUUCCCCCAUCUCUGGUCCAAUCACUCCCCACCUCUGUUACAAACACCCUUAAUUUCACCUUACGUCAAACAGGAAUGCCAAAUGUUAGUCUUCCUCAAGAAGAUGGCAGUCUCACUAGCUUUCCAAGGACUAACACGCAGGGAAGUUUCACUGCUUCACAAGCUUUGAGUGGAAGACCUAUUACCACUGUUCUUAGAUCUCCACAGUCAUCUGUACCUACAGCACCACAACCCAACAUGGAAGUAUCUCUGUCCUCUGUCAUACAAUCUCGUUAUCCCUUAACACAACAAGGAAAAGUUAUGAGUGGAUCCCCUUCAUUUAGAAAAGUGGAGAUGUCAUUACCAACUGAGCAGUUCCACUCUUACCCUUCUACAUCUAUAUCUGUAGUAACUGUAACACCCUGCAGACCUAAAUUGGAAACACAAACAGCUGAUGAAUUAGUAAAAACUAGUGGAGGAAGUUGGAAGGACUAUCCAUACCAAACUGAUCCAUCACCUCGCAUGAUUACUCCUAAUGUAAGCUUUUCACCAUGUGGAACUAUAAGCGUUCCCAAUAUCAAGUUAGAGCCACAAGAUCCAGCAGCUGAAGUUGAAGUUAAACAGGAGCAGCAGGAAAUGAUUAGUAGUGUGGAGGCAAGAGAGUCAAUGGUAGCCCCAGAGAAACCUUUAGGUGAAGUGAAAACCAGUGUUAGUGUUUCACAAACUAUUGCUGAUCAAGGAGCGUAUCAAGAACAAGGCAGUAGCAGUAACUUACCCUCUUGUAAGAGUGAAACCCAGAAGGAAACAUUGAGUAGAUCUUUUCAAGACAGCUUUAUUGGUGUACCCCAUGACAAGAAUGAAUUAAAAAAUGAAUUAUCAAACCAGAAAGAACCAAAAAUGCAAACUGAAAUGACAUAUAUUGAUGAAACAAAAAGUUGUUGUGCUGAAACAGCCGAAAAUUUUGAAACUAAGAAGUGUAUAAAAAAUGAGACUGAAGUGAGAAAGCAGACAUCAGAUUCAGAAGUUUAUAAUAAUGUUCAACCCCAACAGCAGCAAGAUAGGAAAGUAAUAGUUGAAACAUCUGUUGUGAAUGAAGAAGAAAACAGUCAAGAAAAGUCUCAUUGUGCUAGUGAAUCACAGGAUGACAGCUCACGUGAACAGUCCAUGAGUUUGGAAGAGGGAGGAAAUCAAAAUGUUUUGUUGAAGCAAUUACUCAGAAAUUUUCCAUCAGCAGAGACAAGGAGAGAAAGUGAGGAAUUUGAGGAUCUAGUAAACAAAGAAGAAGCUAAAUCUGCUACAGAGGGAAAAGUGGAGCCCUCGAGUGAAGACAAGGACAAAGAACAUCCUGAGGAACCUAAAGGAAAGAAGCCAUCAUACCUUGAUAUACGAAGAGCUCAACUGGAGAAGGAUCCUACACCACCACCUGAAGAUCUUAAGCCAAAGAGAAAAAGACCAAAGAAAAAGAAAGAAAACAAAGAUGGGACAUCUGGAAAAAAACGACAGCGGAAAGGAUCUAAAGCAGAAGAGGAUUAUGAUGUGUUUAUGGCUGCUUUGAUGAAGCAGUUGAGAGCUAUGCCUCCUAUUAGAAUCUUGGAACCUUACAUUAAACCAAACUUUAAUCUUUGCCCUGUGUUUGGAAGUAGAGAUUGUAAUAAUAAAGAUUGCCAGUUAAGAGGUAGUUAUGGGAAUGCUACCCUGUCUAAUCAGCCUGAUUACUAUUCUACCCAACCUUUCGGUAGUAACCCCCCAACACCACCAGCGUCUCUUCCUCCUACUCCUCCACCUGUAAGGGGUUAUUAUUAUCAAGAAUUUAACAGACCAAGAGAUCAACCUUGUGUGGACAUUCCGGCAUCUUUACCAACACCACCAUUGUAUCUCGAUCCCCAGAGAAAUGUCAGGGAUGCUGAGUCUCCAGACACCAUUAUUUCUUCUUCUUCACCUGAAUGUGGUUUCAUUGAACCUCCAACCAAAUUCCCAGGGCUGAGACUGAUAGAUAGUGAUGAGAGCUCCAAUGGCGAGAGAGUUAUUUAUUCCCCUACUGUCCCUAUUGUAGCUCCUAUUCCAAUAAGAGCUGUGUCUAGUAUUCAUGAUGGACCACCAACCCCAACAUCAGAAAAUGAAGAAGAAAAGGAUAAAGAGAAUGUAAUAAAGGCAGAACAUCGGUCUGAGAUGUUUGCCACCAAAACAAAAAUGUUAGGGUUAGGUGGACAUCCUGCUCCACUUAAAGAUUCUGGUAAUGUGGCAGUUACUUUGACUCUGUCAUCAUCUGCAUCAGAUGAUAUUCGUGGAGUUCUUAAUGCAUUAGCAGACUUAUUAAAGAUACCUCCUCCAGCCACUUAUGAUAUUGUUGAGCGAACUGCCACACCUCCUAGUCAGAAACUUGGACUGUAUAAAAAAGCCAAAGAACCAGCUGCUAACAUUCAUUCACUGCUGAAUGGCAAACCAAGAUUUUGUAAACACUGUGACAUUGUUGUGCUCAGUGCUGGCAUCCAAAAGAAGGCUUCUGAACUUCCCUAUAUUUCAAAAGAUGAAUUGGAAGAAGAUGAAGUUAUUUUCUGUAGCACCAACUGUUACAUGCAGUUUGCUUUAAUGCACCGAUCACCAUCGUCUUCAGAACAAAAGGAGGCAGCUGCUGUGGUUAGUCAUCUUAGUAAUACUACCUUAACAGAAAGACAUGCUAGUGCUGGGGAGAAUAAAGGGGUCACCCUCUCAUCAGAGAGCUGUUCUACACCUUUGACACCUACUGCUGUUGAAGGUGAAGCUGAAGCUCAGGCUAAGUUAACUUGUAAGAAUAUUCUCCAAGAAUCAGAUCUUCAUCCAGAUGAUAGUGGACUAGACUUGUAUGGGGCUGAGGAAUCAGCCCCAUCUGCUACUUCCCCCUUACCUGAAACAGAAAGAACAGAAGAAAUGGAAGUUAGUCAGGACAGUGAGCACAUUGAUGGAAUAACUGAGCAGGAGGGAGUGGCACAUGAACAGGUGGGCUGUUUAGAUGAAGAAACUACAAGUAGCUUCAGUUCUGAAAUUUCAAGAGCUAGAAAACAUCUUAGUAUAGAUCAACAACAGGAUUCUGAACCUCUUCCGAAAAAAUGGCAUGGCUUGCGAUGGAAAUUGUGGAAUGAAAGUUAUGCUUCUUCUCCAAAGUACAAAAGUCCAUCCGAAGAAGAAGUUGGACAGGCUUUGGAUAGUAUAUCAAUAUGUGUUAAGCCAGACAAGUUACCAAGAGAUGAAAGAAAAUGUGUUUUGUGUCAUGAGGUUGGUGAUGGAGAUACAGAAGGCCCAGCUAGAUUAUUGAAUGCAGAUGUCAAUAAGUGGGUCCAUUUGAACUGUGCUCUUUGGUCAGCAGAGGUUUAUGAAACAGUGAAUGGAGCUUUGAUCAACGUGGACACAGCCUUCAAAAGAGCCUUGGUCUCAGCUUGUGUACGAUGCCAGAAAGUUGGUGCUUCUUUACGCUGCUUCAGACCUAGAUGCACCAAUGUUUACCACUUCCCAUGUGCAGUGGAAGAAAAAUGCAUUUUUUAUAAGGAUAAGACCAUGCUUUGUCCGCAACAUGUUCCUAAGGUUCCUACACUAGACAGUGAAUUGGAAUCAGUGGCUGUCUUUAGGAGGGUUUACAUUAAUAGAGAAGAACAUAAACAAAUUGCAAGCAUGAUUCACCAAGGCGACAAACACCUCAUUCGUAUUGGCAGUCUCAUUUUCUUGAACAUUGGUCAGCUUUUGCCUCACCAGCUUCAAGCUUUCCACAGCCCAACUUCUAUUUAUCCUGUGGGAUACAAGAUUGUGAGGAUGUACUGGAGUAUUCGAAGACUUGGAAAGCGCUGUCGCUAUGUGUGCAGCAUCCUUGACUUUAAUGGAAAACCAGAUUUUCAAAUACAAGUGCAAGAACCAGGCCAUGAUGAGCUUACUUUAAAAGAUUCUUCUCCUAAAGGUGUGUGGCAGCAAGUUUUAGGGCCCAUUCAAGAGAUGCGUCGACAAGCCAAAACCAUCAAUGUCUUUCCAAAUUUCAUCACAGGAGAAGAUCUUUUUGGCUUAACAGAACCUGCUAUUGUUCAUAUUUUAGAAUCUCUUCCUGGGGUAGACACCCUCACCGACUACAAUUUUCGUUAUGGUCGUUCACCACUCUUGGAACUUCCACUGGCUAUCAAUCCAACUGGUUGCGCCCGAACAGAACCCAAACUUAGAACUCACUUUAAGAGACCACAUACCUUACAUACAAGCAAUACAUCUAGAUCCAGUUUACAGUCUUCUCUUGGAGGAGUAGAGAUUAGUUCACCCUACAUCAAACAGUUUGUUCACUCCAAGUCUUCUCAGUACCGAAAAAUGAAAACUGAUUGGCGAAACAAUGUAUACUUAGCCCGUUCUCAAAUACAGGGUCUGGGAUUGUAUGCUGCCAGGGAUAUAGAAAAACAUACAAUGGUCAUAGAAUAUAUAGGCAUGCUUAUCAGAAAUGAAAUAGCUGAAAGAAAUGAGAGAGAGUACACAAAACAAAAUCGAGGAGUGUACAUGUUUCGUUUAGAAGAGAACAAAGUAAUUGAUGCUACCUUAUGUGGAGGAUUAGCUAGGUAUAUCAAUCACUCGUGUUAUCCAAACUGUGUAGCAGAGGAGGUGCAGAUUGAUAGAGAAAAGAAAAUUAUGAUUAUAGCCAAUCGUAGAAUCAAUCGUGGAGAGGAGCUAACCUACGACUAUAGGUUUGAAGUAGAAGAUGAUCAACACAAAAUUCCAUGCCUCUGUGGGGCUCCUAACUGUCGUAAAUGGAUGAAUUAAGUCAGUUGUGUUAACUUGCCACUGUGAAGUGUGUUAAAAUAAGUGCAUAAGAAGAAGUAGAAUACUCUUCAGAAACAGUGUGUUUUCUCCUAAUGACACAAGAUACUAUAGGAAAAGUUUGAAAUCAUGUGAAGGUCUACUAAGAUUGUAACAAUUUGUAUGUUGACCUUAAAAAUGUAUGAUCUUUUUUAAAGCAUUAUUUUGAUCACUGGUGAUUCAGAUUUAUCAUUUUUAUGGUAACAUUUGAGAACUUUUUUUCUUUUACAUUCAGUAGUUAAAACAAUCAAAUGUUGCUUGAAAAAAACUGUAGGUAUAGAACUAGUGUACUUUGUUUUUAAUGUGAAUUUAAGUUCUCUAGGUGACAAAAUUACUUUGUAAUUUCUAAUAGCUAAUUUAUGUCAAUAGACAAAGUCUUAGAAAUGAAACCAGUUGAACAGGUUUUUAUAAGACAAUGUUUAAACUACUGAUCAACCAACCAGUUGACUGGAAAGAGUUAAUUGUACAGCCUUGAACAUUUCUAAGAAAAUAUAUUCUGUACUAUGUUUUAUAGAGAAUGGUAUUUACUGUAUUGAUGUUGUUUUUCCUUACUGUCAAUCAUGGCACAAGAACAUCAUUAUGAUUUAAGUCCAUGUUAUGACUCAGUCACCAGCAAAGGCAUUUGAUUUUGUAAAUUUGUUGUAUAUUUCUCAUGAAUCAGCACCUCGUACAUUUCUUUUCUCUUGUCUUUUCCUUAUCAAAUUCCUUCAAACAUUUUGUGAAUAAUUUAGAUUUUAAGGAGAAUGAAGAUUCAGUGACCAAUUGCAUUGUUUUGUGUUAUAAUAUCCCACCUGUUAAACUAGUAAAGUUUUCAGUCAGCAUUAAUCAUGCAACUUCAAAUGUACAAGUUCAUUCAUUUCUUUAUAAGGAUUUUUGUUCACAACAGUUUGAUAGUGCAAUAAAAGACUUCGCAUAGUUCUA